AUGUUCCUGCUCCGCCGCCGCCGCCGCGCGCUGCCGCCCGCCCCGAUGCCCUGGCGCCGGCGCGCGGGGAGCGACGGCACCGCGCCUCGCUGGGAUGUCCUCGUUAUCGGCGGGGGCCACGCCGGGACGGAGGCGGCGGCAGCGGCGGCUCGGAGCGGGGUCCGGACGCUGCUCGUCACGCACAAGGCCGACACCAUCGGGCAAAUGUCAUGUAACCCUUCCUUCGGUGGCAUUGGAAAGGGGCAUCUCAUGAGAGAGGUAGAUGCCCUGGACGGGCUGUGCGCUCGGAUCUGUGAUCAGUCUGGAAUUCAUUACAAGGUGCUAAACCGGUGUAAGGGGCCUGCUGUGUGGGGUCUCCGAGCCCAGAUUGAUAGGAAACUCUAUAAAGAAAACAUGCAGAAAGAAAUCCUUAACACUCCACUGCUGACUGUUCAUGAGGCAUCUGUGGAGGAUCUUCUCCUGGUGGAACCAGAGCCAGACCGUCCUGGGAAAUGCCAAGUCAGUGGAGUCAUUCUAGGGGAUGGAAGCAGAGUCCACGCUGGGAGUGUCAUCCUGACUACAGGCACGUUUCUGAGGGGGAUGGUCUUCAUCGGAUUAAAGAUGCAUCCCGCUGGGCGAUUAGGGGAUCAGCCCUCCAUUGGACUGGCUCAGACCUUGGAGAAACUGGGAUUUGCUGUGGGAAGGCUGAAGACUGGGACCCCACCUCGACUGGCCAAAGACUCUAUUGACUUCAGCGUUCUGGAGACACACACGGCUGACAACCCUCCUGUGCCAUUCAGCUUCCUCAGUGAGGCUGUGUGGAUCAAGCCAGAAGAUCAGCUCUCAUGCUACCGGAUUCUCACCAAUGCCAAAGUGGAGCAAAUCAUCCACGAUAACCUUCACCUGAACAACCAUGUACGGGAGACAACAAGAGGGCCCCGAUACUGUCCCUCGCUUGAAUCCAAAGUUCUGCGCUUUCCAAACCGCAUUCAUCAGCUGUGGCUGGAGCCUGAGGGUCUGGAUUCCAACAUCAUCUACCCCCAAGGGAUGUCAAUGACUCUGCCGCCGGAGCUCCAGGAGCAGGUGAUUGCGUGCAUCUGUGGCUUGGAGAAAGCCAAGAUGGUGCAGCCAGGCUAUGGGGUUCAGUAUGACUUUCUGGACCCCCGUCAGCUCAGUGCUUCCCUUGAGUCCCGUCUUGUUCAGCGACUCUUCUUUGCAGGACAGAUAAAUGGUACCACGGGCUAUGAAGAAGCUGCAGCCCAGGGAGUGAUUGCUGGGAUCAACGCUGGCCUGCGUGUCAGUGGCAAGCCCCCUUUUAUCAUUAGCCGCACAGAGGGCUACAUCGGAGUCUUGAUUGAUGACCUCACCACCCUGGGCACCAACGAACCAUACCGCAUGUUCACCAGCCGAGUGGAAUUCCGCAUGUCUCUACGGCCCGACAACGCAGACAGCAGGCUCACCCUCCGAGGUUUUGAGGAAGCUGGCUGUGUGUCCCAACAGCGAUAUGCACAGACAUCUCAGAUGAAGGCUACUUUAGAGGAGGCAAUAGCAGUGCUAAAAUCUCUUCAGUUCACCGCCACCAAAUGGUCCAGGCUGAUUCCAGAGGCUUCCAUAAGCAACAGUCGAAGCUCCCUUGCCAGUGCCCUUGACAUCCUUCAAUAUCCAGAGGUCACCAUGGAGCUUUUGGCAAGAGCUAUCCCAGAGCCCCUGAGAAAGUUUGCUGAAUGGAGAGAACUGGCAGAGAGGCUGAAAAUAGAAGCUGUUUAUGAGUGGCAUGUAGCCAGCCAGCAGCAGGAAAUAGAGGAAGUACGUCGAGAUGAAGCUCUCCAGCUGCCGGAGGACCUAGAUUACUUUGCCAUUGACGCAUCGUUGUCCCAGGAAGUGCGAGAGAAACUAGAUUCCAACCGCCCCCAGACGAUCGGAGCAGUCAGUCGCAUUCCUGGAAUUACACCAGCCGCCAUUGUUAACCUGCUGAAAUUUGUGAAGAACAAUCAGCAAAGGACAGAGCACAUAAAGCACUCUAGGACUGGCAGACCCUUACCAGAGGGAAAUACGUUUGGGAAGAGUACAUUUCAGAACUCAAGCUUGAGCUGUACUUCAUGAGGAGGAACCAGAAAAUGGCUUUGUUAAAAUGCCUUCACGAAGGAGGGUAUAAGUCAUUAGACAGUACACCGAUGGAUAUGCUACACCUAAAGCCAAAAACCAUUCUAUGACUUAUGUCAUCAGUUUAAUCUGAAGGAGCUUUUGUAGAGUGACCAGGAGUCUAAGUAGCUCAUCAGUGUGUCUUGCUCCUCUUAAGUUAAAAUAAAAUGAUGAUGGGGAUAUCAGUCAACCAAGCACCUAUUAAAAAG